CGUGGACGGCCUUCCCACCAGCAUCUGUGGAGAUGGCUGCGGAUCGACAAGAGAUUCACACUAUUCGGCGUGAGGGCCAUACUUAAGCUCGGGAGACUUUCGAGCCGAGUUGAAUUACGGCGCUCAGCUGUCCAUUACCACUCACCACCAUCACCGCUACACCUGUGAUUGCGAUGCCCGGCCAGCUGUGAGGAAAGAAACAGAAAAACGGUGGAAGCUUCUGACCGUGAUCGACAUACGAAUGUAGUCGCCUAUUCCUCCAGCAGGCGUGAGGGCUCCUGUUAGCGACAGUACUCCAUCGUUGAGAGCUGGAUAAGGUCUCUUCAAGCGGCAAACCUUAACUCAUACCAUGCAGCAGCCCCGUGAGGUCCAGUUCCAGAUGCCGUGGGGACAUCUCGCUGGCCAAGAAUGGGGUGACCCGAAGUCUCGGAGAAAAGUGCUCGCGAUACAUGGCUGGAUGGAUAAUUCGAACUCCUUCUCCAAGCUAUGCCCCCUUCUACCGUCAGAUUUACACAUCAUCGCGAUAGACUUGAGCGGACACGGACUUUCCAGCCAUCGUCCCUAUGGAAGUGUGUAUACGGUCCUCGAGUUCGCCAUCGACAUGAAACGAUUAGCCGAUGUCUUGGGAUGGGGCGGCUUCGCGAUCCUCGCUCAUUCGAUGGGAGCCAUGACGGCGUUUUUACUCGCCGGGCUUUUCCCUGAGAUGGUUACGCAUAUAGUAUCGCUGGACAUGCUCACCAUUCUUUCUUGCAAAAAGACGCUUCUCCCCGAGCUGACUGCAAAAAACAUCCAUGACUUCCUAGCGUUCGAGAAGAAGCACAGCCAGGCCCCAGUUUACAAAAAUUUCGAUGAGGUCGUAGACAGGAGGAUGUACGUUACACCGCAUUCCCUCUCUCGCCAGAGUGCGGAAAUCAUAAUGCGUAGAGCCACAAUGGAUUAUCAAGGAGGCGUGGUUCUAAGAACGGAUCCACGUUUGAAAUUUAUCAGAAUAUUGAAUUACGACUAUGAAGCUCAGGAACAGAUUUUGAAACGCUACAAGGGGAAACUUCUCGUGAUUCUGGCGAAGCACGAGGAGAACAGGCGCCUAGACGGCAUUCCGUACGAAUCUUUCGUAAACACAUACAAGGAAAACUGCGAGGAUUUCAAUCUCCUCCAGGUCAAGGGCACUCAUACUGUCCAUCUCGAUGAGCCGGAGAAAGUCGCGGGUAGCAUCAUCGAGUUCUUGGCGACCUACGAAGGAGCCGCUGAGCUCACUGACAAAGCCCCCGACUCGAGACUUUGAUCACAAGCUAAUCUACUUCAGAGCAAUGUAUGGAUGAGCGCGCAUUAGUCCUACGGUGUCCGAGGAAUCUGUCUCGAGUCCGGGUCUACUGGCGAACCAGAGCGGGUAUUGAUGCCGAUCGCUUUCAUAAUGAAGGGAAUACGUCCGUCAAUUAAUGUGAUAAUUCAUAUUCAAAAUGAGUGACCGCUAAAUGAGUAUGGCAGGCGGCAUAAAUGACGUUUAGGACGAGCCAUUAUUAAAGUUGUACUGAUGUUAACCUAGUUCCGAGGCUCUUCACCCAUAUAUAAUAAUCUGAGUGGAGGCUCGGCCGAAGAAAUACUACCCAAAUGUUUCGAUUGGAGGGAAUUAUCUCGAUUCCCGUCAUUGUUUUGAAGAUAAUUGAACUAUAUAAACUAUGGACAUGGUGAUGUGAACAAUAAACAAAACCAUCAACCC